ACACCCUCUUUUGUUUUAAUACAGAAGCCACUGAAAACGCUUUUCAUUUUGUUCACCUUUUGACGUACCAAAGAUGGAUCUGAACAUCUUCAUUAUUCUCCUUUUAUCUCUUAUUGCUGGAGGACACUCGCUCAAAUGUUAUCAGUGUGUAAAUGUGACAGGUUCUUGUACAGGCGUAGUGAUGACAUGUCCCACAGCGAACUAUACCACCUGUAUGAGCACAACAAGUAUUUCAACUAUUGCUGGUGUUACGUCUACCUCUAAACUUAAGAGCUGUUAUAUACCACAGUAUUGUGGAAAUCUAUCUGUUAAUGUUGGCGUUUUAAAGUCAGUGGUGUCUAUGCAGUGCUGCAACACAGACCUGUGCAAUAGCCAAGAUGUCCCAGAUUCCAGCUCUAACACCCCAAAUGGAAAUCAGUGUUACUACUGUGAUGGGAAGACUUGCUCAAACAAAUUAAGCUGUUUGGGAAAUGAAGACUCCUGCAUUACAGCAACAGCCACAGGACGUGCACUUAAAUGUAAUGAGUGCGUAGGUGUGCCGGGUUCUUGUGUAAGCAGAGAGACAACGUGUCCCUCUGAAGCUAAUACAUGUGCAAGUGCAAGAGUGGUAACAACCAUUGGCGACACUACGUCUAUCUUGCAGGCUAAGAAUUGUGAUGUGAUACAGAACUGUGGAAAUGGAUCCGUUAACUUUGGCGUUUUAAGGGCAAAAUUAUCCAAGCAGUGCUGUAACACAGACCUUUGUAAUAGCAUAAAUGUCCCAGAUUACAUCUCUGACAGCCCCAAUGGAAAACAAUGUUACUUCUGUGAUGGGAAGAACUGCUUGAACACUUUAAACUGUUUAGGAAAUGAAGACUACUGCAUUACAGCAACAACAAAUAUUGCAUCUCUGCCAACAACUGUAAAGGGAUGUACCACUAAAUCUCUCUGUGAUGAUGUAUCACAAGCGCCUCCAGGUUUCAUGGGCUUAUCAUGCUGUCAGGGGGACCUGUGUAACGGUGCUAAGACUGUCACACAAACCUACGGACGCGCACUUAAAUGUAAUGAGUGCAUAGGUGUGAUGGGUUCUUGUGUAAGCAAAGAGACAACGUGUUCCUCUGCAGCUAAUACAUGUGCAAGUACAACAGUGGUAACAACCAUUGGUAAGUUCAGUAUGGAGGGUAAAUUUACUGGAAUGCAUUGA